AUGAUAGAUCUACUCUCUUCUCUCAUUUUCACGCCCCUCAACACUACGGCAGUCGCAAAACCAGAUUCGACGCCUGUAGCGCUUACCUUUUGUGCUACGGUCGCGCAUAAACCGUGCUGGAGAGACGUUCGUCAUCCUUCUAAAGGUCGCAGUCCGUUACAACAUGAGUCAACAAAUGUGGUAGACCAUACUACCUCGAAAUACCCUGCUCAUGUACGUACGACGAUAUUAUCGUCAACAUCACCGGCCAUACAGGAUGAUUCCCUGGACACGUCCUCGCCCCCUGAUAUGUCGCCACCGCACACGCCUUGUUCACUCAAUGGACGUGGAUCGGGAGCAAAUGAGUGCGAGGACCCCGAGAAUAUGACCCUGAAUAUGCGACUCACCUCGUCGCUGGGGCGAUUUCGGAAGAUGAGCUUCAACAACGCCGAGAGAACGAGGAAUUAUACCGCGUGCGCUAUGCAGAUGGCAAAAGGUGGGGCCGGGAAGAUGACAGCCGAGAUGGAGCAAAAGAGAACUGCUGGUUGGGCUAGAGAUAGGAAGCUCGGUGGAAAAUCCAGGCUAGGCAAUGGCACACCAGGGCACAGGGGACACGAGAAAAUGCAAGAAUUCUUCCAGGACACGAUGAAAAGGACAAAUAUAGGGACCUUCGACGUAGAAGAAGAGGGCGCUGACUCAGAAGCGGAGAGGAGAACGAGGAAGAGGGCUCACAACAUGCCUCGCAGGACUGACUUCCAGGAGCAGACUAGCGAAGAAGAAUCGGACAACUAUUGA